AUGUCGUCCUCACAAAAUUCCAGUCCAGAAUUCGAACAGUCGCCUUUUGAAGAGUCUGUCAACAGACAGGCUAUCAACAAUACUGCAUUAGAUGAAGAGAAGGCCAUCUCGUCCGAACCUCAACCCACCAAUGAGAUGUCGUUGAGCCAAGCAAAAGAUGAAGCUGAUAACAACUCGUCGAUCUCCUCAUCUUCUUCCGACAACGACGACGCUGCCUCUGGUUACGAAAGAGAGUCUAACGAAUGUACCGAGUUCUGUAUCGAAUGCUGUAACUGCUUUGGUUUGUUUUCUGGCUGUUGUCCUAACGAUUCUGAAGGAUGCAUCACCACUGUAGCCACAUUUUUUGGUAACAUUCUUUUUGCGUGUUGCAAGUGCUAA